GGAUUUGAAGGGGGAGGGGGCGGGGGGGAGGGAUAAAAGAGAAUUGGCUCUGUGUAUCGCUACUUCAAUACGCGCGCGCGCACACACACACACACAGAGGGUUCCUCCCACACGCACGCUCGCAUAUUUUUGUUGGUUUGAAAUGAAGUCCUCUCUGGGGAAGCUUAGAAAAUUGGCACUUCACAAGAACGACGGCAAAGAGAAGCGAGACUGUCAAGCUUCAGCGCGUCUGAAUGAGCUUGCUCAAGCGUCACAGGAUAUGCAGGAUAUGAGAAAUUGCUAUGAUAGCUUACUUUCAGCUGCUGCUGCAACAGAAAAUAGUGCAUUUGAAUUUUCAGAGUCACUGCGGGAUAUGGGUACCUGUCUACUGGAGAAAAAUGCAUUAAACAAUGACGAGGAAAGUUGCAAAGUAUUGUCAAUGCUGGGAAAUGUGCAGUUUGGACUCCAAAAACUUAUUGAUAGCUAUCGCUCUCAUGUGGCCCUGACAAUUACACACCCAUUGGAGUCACUUCUUAAUGAACUUCGAACAGUGGAGGAGAUGAAACGGCAGUGUGAUGAAAAAAGAGAAUUGUAUGAUUACAUGCUUGCAAAUCAGAAGGAAAAAGGAAGAUCAAAAAGUGGAAAAAUAGAAGCUUUUACUUCACAGCAAUUAAAAGCAGCUCAUGAUGAAUAUGAUGAAGAAGCAACUCUAUGUGUUUUCCGUCUAAAAUCUCUGAAGCAAGGGCAAUCCCGAAGUCUUCUGACCCAGGCAGUCCGUCACCAUGCAGCUCAGUUGAAUCUCUUUCGGAAGGGACUUAAAUCUCUUGAAGCAGUUGAGCCACACAUAAAACUGGUUACAGAAAAGCAACAUAUUGACUACGGGCUCAGCGGACUUGAUGACAAGGAAGAAAGAGAGGAUGAAAGUGUGAAUGGCCUUGAGAAAAAUGAUGAUGGGGAAUUGAGUUUUGACUAUAGAAUAAAUAAGCAGGGCCUUGACGCUGUUUCUACGUCAAGGAACUCAAUGGAGCUAGAUCAGGUGGAACUUCCACUUCCUCAAGUUUCAACUUAUGAAAGUUCAGAGGUACAUUACAAUAAAAACCUAGGGGAACAGGUCUCUAAUUGGGAACCUCGAGUCAGCAGCCAUUCUGCCCCAAUUUUUGCUGAGAAGAAGCCUGAUCUAGCUGAAAGGGUCAAAGAAAUGAAGCCAUCAUCUGCAAGGAGAUUUCAUAGUUAUGUGCUUCCUACUCCAGUUGAUGUGAGGAGUUCAAUUUCUGUGAGAACAAAUGCUUCAGAUUCUCAGUCAAAGCCAACAAGCCACACUGGAAGCAGUUGGCCCCAAACUUUUGAGCCUGAGAAGCGUGAGACAGAUUCCACGGAGGAUAAUAUAUCUGCGUCCACUAUUUCAAGAGCACAAUUAAAACUCAAAGAGAGCACUAGUAACAGUUCCUCAGCUCAAUUGCCUCCUUUGUCUCUGGGACUUUCACUUCCACAUAGUGAUGCAAACAAUGCAUUUGAUAAUAAGAACAUUAAAAGACAAGCAUUCUCUGGUCCUCUUACUAGUAAGUCAUCAUUGACAAAGCCUGCUAUAUCUGCUAGUGGCCCAAUUACCUCGGCUGAACUUCCCCAACUUGUUUCUGGAAUACUGUCCCGAGUACCAACUCCUCAGCCUUCUUCUUCAUCUCCAAAGGCAUCUCCCAGUGCUUCACCUCCCAUUGUAUCUUCGCCCAAAAUAAGUGAGCUUCAUGAACUUCCUAGGCCACCAGCUGGUUUAGCCUCCAAACCUGUGAGUUCUUCCAGUGGGCACUCUGCCCCAUUGGCAUUCAGAAAUCAAGAGCUCUCUCCAACAAAUAAAAGCCCUAAAGGGGCAUUCUAUACCGCAUCACGGCUUCCAACUCCUCCAUCAAUUGUUCCUCGAAGUUUCUCUAUACCGUCUAGUAAUCAGAGAACAAUGGCCUUACAUGUGGCCAAGCUAGUGGAAUCUCCUCAACUUCCAGAUAAGGCUGAAGAAGUAACUUCUCCUCCUCUGACACCUAUUUCCCUUUCAAACGUGAAGCUGUUAUCAACUGUUUCUGAAGUAGCAGCCCCACACUCUGGGCAAAUCAGGGGUGAGAGCUGAUUCAGAAGUGACUUCCACUGAAUGCAACAGGUGAAUGAAGUGAUACAUACUAUGGUUGUAUAUUCUUCUUUUUCAAUUCAACAGAAGGAAAAGCAUAACAACUGGUUCCUAGUCCCUUACUGAUCCACAACUAAAAGUGGUUGGCUCCAAUAGAGCCCUAGCUUGCUCUAGUGGGUAAUAAAAAAUUAUAAGGUACUCAUUGUCAAAAUUUUGCAAAAAUAUCAGCACAUUUAUUUCCUUAUCUGGUAAUAUGGGGUGAAUAACAGUUGCAUCUACAUACAUGCAUACAUAUCAAGCUUUAAAUCCCACUGUGUAGAGUUAGCUACAGGAAUUCUGGCUUGCUAAUCAUUUCUAGGGCUUUAUCUUUUGUUAAGUCCUUGUAGCAUACCUAAAAAGUCUUCCACCAAGAUUUUUUUCUGGUCUUCCUCUACCCCUUUUCCUAAAGAAUUGUUCCAUUUCAUUCACCCUCCUCACAAAAUCCUCUAUUGGUCGUCUUCUUAUAUGAAAUUCAUCCAAGAUAGCUAAAUUGAUUUUUUCUUGUUAUGACUUAAUUUUUCAAUUUUAUCAUAUCAUUCGCAUUUAUAUGUUACUAAAACUUACAUUCUAUAUAUAUUCAGUUUUCAAUCUGCUUAACUUGAAAUUUAUAGAUUUUAAAGUGUUUCUCCGUAUCUCUAUCCUAGUUUUCAUCCCUUCUUUUGACUCAUCCACUAAUACAAUGUCAUCUGCAAGUAGCACAUACCAAAGCACACUGCUUGGAUAUGUUUAGUGAUUAUUAGGGAAAAUAGAUAAGGGCUUAACAGAGAUCCUUAAAUGUAAAAUCCAAUUGUAAUUGGAAAAACCCUAGUAUCUCCUCCAUGAGUUCUGGCAUGUGUUUCUGCUCUAUGAUAAAUAUCUUUAAUAGACCGUAUAUAAGCAAUUCAGACUCCUUUCUUCCCUAAAACCCAUCCUAUGACUUUUCUUCUCUAUGAUAUAGGAAAUUUGUCAAGCUUUUUCUGAAAUUUAUUAACACCAGAACUGUAGAUCUUUUUGUUUAUCUCUAUACUACUACUCCAUUUGAUGUCUCAACAAAUAUAUAGUUUUCAUCACUGACUUACCAAGCAUGAAGGCAAAUUGGUUGUUAGCCACUUUUGUUUCUGUUCUUAUUCUUUGCUCAAUCACUCACUACCAAAGUUCCAUAGCUUGAUUUCUCUACAAUUUCCACAACUUUCCACAUCUUCUUUAUUCUUAUGAAUAGGUAAGAAAGUGUUUUUUCUCCACUCAUCUGGCAUCGUUUUUUAUUUAAGGAUCAUAUUAAAUAAUUUUCUUAAAGUGAGAAAUACCAUCUUCUCCCACGCAUUUCCAUGCUUAUAUCAGGAUAUUAUUUUAUCCAACUACUUUUCUAUUCUUCACCAUUUUUUUUCAAUGCUUCUAUAUGGCAAAAAUCUUGUUUCCUCUGUUAGGUGCUUGAUUUGGAGGUUCUUCAUGUGCCACCUUCUAGUAUUUGUUUGGCAUGGCUUCCAUUGCAUCUGUUUCAAUUAUCAAAGUCCAUUCC